AUGUGGGAAGGUUUCGUUCGGCCGGAGACGGGGUGUGGGGGUCCUGUUGUGGUGAGCUGUAAGAAGCUCGCAGCUGGGUGGUCGAGCAUGGCGGGGGAAGCGGUGUCCGGGAACCCGGUUGAAGCGGCCCGUAGCGAGAGGGCGGAUUCGGACGCAGAAGCAUCCGACAGGAUCGUCAGAACGGACCAGGAGUACGGCGAAGAGGUCGGCGGCGGAGACGUCCGAAUUUACGAUGAUUCGGAGUUAGCAGCAGUUUUGGGGGACGGGAGCGGAGCGGAAGGCUGGGAUCCGGACGCGCCGGUCUUGGGCGGAGUCAUGGCAGAGCGGCCGUACCUCUGGCCGUUUCGGGACGCCAACCAAGCUUCACGCGUGCGGCCAUCAGACCGCGCCCUCCACGCGUGCGGCCAUCAGACCGCGCCCUCCACGCGUGCGGCCAUCAGACCGCGUCGUCCACGCGUGCGGCCAUCAGACCGCGUCGACAGCUGCUUUGCUCUUGAGGUAGGAGGGGAUGGCGCGAUGGGAGAGUGGUUAUUAUGA